ACACUGGUUUGCAAUCAGCACGUUGUAAUUUAUAUGCAUGUGUAUAUGCAAGUAUUUAUAUAUUCAUUCCACUUCAAGUAAAGUAAAGUUUAAUUCUACAUUUUUAAAGUCAUCUAUUCCAAAAAAUGGCAGAGGACAAGAAGCCUAUAUUCAGAAAUAUUGAUGGGGAUGAUCCAGAUCUAGAAGCAACCGAUAUAGAAUCGGCAUGUAUGAAUUGUUUCCGCUCGGGCAGAACACGUCUACUUCUUACCAAAAUACCAUUCUUCAAAGAGAUCGUACUGAUGUCAUUUAAAUGUGAGCACUGCGGUUAUGAAAACAGUGAAAUUCAGUCAGCCUCUGAAAUACAGAAAAAAGGCGUGCGUAUAGAACUUACUGUUCAAAGUGCUGAGGACUUAAAUCGACGAGUUGUACGCUCGGAUUACACAUCUGUAAGCAUUCCUGAAGUGGAACUAGAAAUACCUUCUCAAAGUCAAAAAGGCGAUAUAACUACCAUUGAAGGGAUAAUAGACAGGACGAUAAGAGGUCUGACUCAAGAUCAGGAAAAUAGAAAACAAGAGCAUCCUGAUGCUGCAGCAGAAAUUGAGGCGUACGUCGAAAAACUAACAUCUUUAAAAGAGAAACAAAUUAAUUUUACUGUUAUAUUGGAAGAUAUAAGUGGAAAUAGUUUUGUUGAGAAUCCUUCUGCGCCGUCACUGGAUCCCAAUUGUAAAAUCCACCACUUCGAGAGACAAAAGGAGCAAGAUCAAAUCCUUGGUAUUUAUUGUCCAGCAGAUAUAACUAGUGCACAGGAAAGCAAUGAUAAUACAGAGAACUCAAAAAGUCAACAGAAACAUCUUCUUAAACCCAUUUCGGAAGACGCUUGGGGCCUAGAUGACUUGCACGGCGAAGUUUUGCAGUUUCAAACUUUGUGUCCACAGUGUGGUUCGCCUUGCGAAACAAACAUGAAACUAACAAAUAUUCCACAUUUUAAGGAAGUUGUUAUAAUGGCAACGGUGUGCGAUGUUUGUGGGAGUAAAACAAAUGAGGUCAAAUCGGGUGGAGGUAUUGAAGAAACGGGUAUUCGUUUUGAAGUCAAAGUGGAAAACAAAGAAGAUCUUACACGAGAUGUGCUAAAGUCUGAAACAUGCAGCCUUAAAAUUCCAGAAUUAGAAUGUGAAGUGGGUCCUUCGGCUCUUGGUGGUCGUUUCACAACUAUAGAGGGCAUUUUAGUAGCUAUGAAAGAUCAACUUCAAGAUGAAAGUUUUUUCUUUCGUGAUUCGGCUGAUGAAGAGAGUAAAAAACGAAUGGGAGCCGUUGUAAAUAAAUUCGACAAAAUAAUGGCUUUGGAAUUGAAAGCUACUUUGGUUCUGGAUGACCCAGCUGGAAAUAGUUAUGUUCAAUCUUUGGCAGAGGGCGAUGACAUAGACGAGAAAUUAAUUAUUGCAAAAUACGAACGCACGUUCGACCAAAACGAAGAACUUGGUCUCAACGAUAUGAAAACCGAAAAUUAUCAGGAAUAAUACCUACAUAUUUAGUACAGAGAAAGCAUAUGCAUUUAAAACAUAAAAUAUGGGCAGAAUGAAAUAUUAUUUUACAUAAAAAUCCGUGUUAAUUAUUUCCCCCGUUUUGGACCAAGUAAUUGUUUUAUGUGACCAAAAUCUACUAGUUCUUUUUGUAAAAAUGCAAUUUUAGCGUAAUUAAACUACAAAAUGUAGCUGUUUUCAAGUAAGUUUAUUAACUGGUUUACACUAUAAAUGAAAUCACUGUCUGCAGAAUCCAGUGAUUUGAAAUAUAUUAAUUUAGGAUAUAGCUAGUUUGACGUCAUAAAUGUGUAAUUCACUGUCAUAAGUUUGCAGUCAAUUUGAUUACAGUAUAAAUUUUCAAAACGUGGCAACAACAGCCAAACUGUCAAUGUGCACAGCUGUGCAGUGACAGUUCAACUAUUUGUGUUGUGUAACGUUGGUGAUUCUUUUCAAUACUUUUUGAAAUGUCUGCUUCAGCUGCGCGAAAUUCCCAUGGCCUCCUGAAGCGUGCUUGGAACGAGAUUCCUGACAUUGUUGGUGGAUCAGUGUUAGCACUCAUAGGAUUAGGAAUGGCAGCGGUAGGAGUUGCUGGAUAUUAUGCUAGAGACGGUGAUAAUCGACGAUAUAAGUUGGGAUAUGUUGUAAUGCGUCCAGAUGAUCCACGUGCUGAAAAAGUCCGAAAAGAUUAAAUAUUUCGGCUGCCUAGUUCGAAAUGUAAAAUCGAUGCUACUAUUAUUUCUAAUGCCGGAUUUGUAAGCGAACAUUCAAAAUAAAUGUACUGACGUACUGGCUUAUAAUUAAGACGA